AAAGGUGCAAAAUGCACUGUAUGACUUAACCUAAAUACCCAGACCCCCUCAGACCCUCACACUUCAUCCAAAACUCCCAAAGGCCCUCUCUCACUCCGUCCCUCAUCUCCCUUCUCUGUGUGCUGUCACUGUGCUCCGUCCCUCAUCUCUCUUCUCUGUGUUUUGAGCUCACUGUGAGUGCUGUGUGCACACUGCACUACUUUAGCCUUCAAUAGGUAUGCAUGGCAAGGAAAGGUAAGAGGAAAGGUAAAGGCAUUAGUGAGUCUCAAGACUCUCAACUACAAGAAACUCAGUCAACUAGGCCUUCCUUUGAUCAUAAUGAAGUUUCUGAGCAGGAGCUCUCACAAAUUCUAUGUCAAUCAUCUAAGCCUCAAACUGAUGAAGGAGCACAUCAGGCCUCUAAUUCCAUUAUAAUAAGUAGUACUAAUGCUGGAAAAAAGAGGGGUCGAAGAAAGGCUAAAGGCAUCAAUGCUAAAGAUGGUGAAAUAGAGGUUGAGAUUUAUGAUGGCAAAAUUAUUACACCAAAAGCCACUCAAGAGAUUACCAUUCUUUUUCACCAAAAACUUAAUGGAGCUUGGACAACUUUUACAGAAAACUCAAAUUCUAAGCUAGAGACUUUAUAUGCUCGAUAUAGAGCUCAACUCUUUAAGCAUAAGCAACCUAAUGAGGAAGUCAAGAAGGCAUUUAUAGAAUCAGUGAAACACCGCUAUUUUGAUUGGAUGUUUCGCAUUAGAAAUCCUAUUUUUCAUAUGUAUGAAGCAAAAGAAGAUCGUUACAAGAAUGAUCCUUCCUUCAUUCCUACACCUUUUUGGAAAGAGAUAGUGGAUAAAUGGAUGGAGGGAGAUUGGGGGAGACAAGUUUGACAAAUAAGGAAAACAAAAAUAAGUUUAAAAUUUUCUCCAUUACAGGUUCUGUACCAAUGGCCAAGUACAGAUAUGAAAUGUAUCUUGAGACGGGCUCUGAGCCUAGCCCUAUUGAUUGCUUUAAGAAAUUUCACACAAAGAAGGAUGGCAAAGAAUGGGCAACUGAUCAUGCUAAGACAUUAUAUGAAAAAAUGGAUGCCAUAAAGGCCAAAGUUGUUUUUGAAGGUACUAAGACAAAUGAUUAUCAGAUCUUUCAUGAAGUGGUUGGUGAACCAAGUCAUGGUCGUGUUCUUGGCAUGGGAAUAGGUAUUAAGGCUAAGGAUGUGUACGGCUUAACUUCAUCUAGUAAAGGUUGUAGCAAACGUUACAGAGAAGAUUUUACAAAAGAAAAAGAAGAUUUGGAGGCACGUCUUAAAGAGGAAAUGGAUUCCAAACUUGCAAAAGUUGUGGAGAAGCUUGAGGAGAAGUUUGCACAAAAGUUGCAGUCGAUGGGCAUACCACAACAAUCUGACAUAGAUCUAGCUACCAUAGAUGGUACUAGCAGAGAUGAAGAGGACAACUCAACCAAUAACAUAGAGGUUGAAAACAACUUGGAGGGUGACUCAGAAGAAGACUAAUAGAUCUUGUCAUAAUUCUAGUUGUUUAAGUUUUAAAAUAAGGUUUAAA